GAGGAGGAAUCCUGACUGUCGAGUGAUUUCAUUGAGCAUUUUCUGUGGCAAGCGGUGAGGGAGGGGGCUGCAGGAAAGCGCAGAAGGGAAGCUUCUGGGAGGCUGCUGCCUUGUGAACCGCCGCUGCUCCCCAAAUUCCCUCUGUGGGGGUGAGCCUUUCGCCCUCUUCCUGAACAGCUGGCUUCGGAGUACAGGUGUGCGUUGUGGGUCCAGGUGCCCUGUCCGGCUUGGCCAGCUCUUCCUCCUGGCUCUGGGGAGGGGGCUGCUUUUGGAGCCUGGCUGCCGUGGUGAAGGUGCCUCUGCCUCCAUUCGUGGGCAACUCUUUCAGCGGCGGCUGCGUCUUGGAGCUCCAGGCCCCGCAAGCCAUGUUCCGGAUCAAGCUGGAGCCUUUAAAAAUGAGCGCCUGGGCUAUGAAUGUGUUUGUGAAGUUUCGGAAUAAAGAGUCUGCGGCAGCGGCCGGGACGGUCUCCACCACCAACAUGGGGAAGGACUACUACAAAGCGCUGGGGAUCCAGUCCGGAGCCAACGAAGACGAGAUCAAGAAGGCCUAUCGGAAGAUGGCCUUGAAGUACCACCCGGACAAGAACAAGGACCCCAACGCGGAGGAGAAGUUCAAGGAGAUCGCAGAGGCCUACGAUGUGCUGAGCGACCCCAAGAAACCCUCGACCAGCAGUCCUGGACAAGAUCCGUGCCCUGGGACCUCCGGGAACUCGAGACCUGACUCCCACCCUGGACCCUCGACCAGCAGUUCUGGACAAGAUCCGUGCCCUGGGACCUCCGGGAACUCCACACCUGACCCCCACCCUGGAUCCUCGACCAGCAGUCCUGGACAAGAUCCAUUCCUUGGGACCUCAAGGAACUCCACACCUGACCCCAGCCCUGGACCCUCCACCAGUCGUUCUGGACAAGAUCCGUGCCCUGGGACCUCCAGGAACUCCACACCUGACCCCCACCCUGGAUCCUCGACCAGCAGUCCUGGACAAGAUCCAUUCCUUGGGACCUUGAGGAACUCUACACCUGACCCCAGCCCUGGACCCUCGACCAGCAGUUCUGGACAAGAUCCGUGCCCUGGGACCUCCAGGAACUCCACACCUGACCCCCACCCUGGAUCCUCGACCAGCAGUCCUGGACAAGAUCCAUUCCUUGGGACCUUGAGGAACUCCACACCUGACCCCAGCCCUGGACCCUCGACCAGCAGUUCUGGACAAGAUCCGUGCCCUGGGACCUCAAGGAACUCCACACCUGACCCCAGCCCUGGACCCUCGACCAGCAGUUCUGGACAAGAUCCGUGCCCUGGGACCUCAAGGAACUCCACACCUGACCCCUACCCUGGACCCUCAACCAGCAGUUCUGGACAAGAUCCGUGCCCUGGGACCUCAAGGAACUCCACACCUGACCCCAGCCCUGGACCCUCGACCAGCAGUUCUGGACAAGAUCCGUGCCCUGGGACCUCAAGGAACUUCACACCUGACCCCCGCCCUGGACCCUCCACCAGCAGCUCCGGACUUAAGCUACACCCCAGACCAUCAAGAAGCUCCGGACACAAUCUACUGGGUGCUGGGCUGGAGAGGAGGCCACGUUCUGCAAUCCCCCUCAGCUCCUCAGCAUCUGGGAGCGACGCAGGAGUUUUGCUAGAGGAGGAGGAGCUUAUGUUGGCGGAGGAAGACACUCGCAGCCCUGGUGUUCCAAGGGGUUCCUGGGGGAACCUAAUUGGCCCCCCGCUCUUGCUGUGCCCCAUCCAUGGGCUCCCAGUGCUGCUUCCUUCCCCAUACCCCCUUCCUCCAGCCCAGUUCCAGCAGGGGCCACGCUUCCCCUGGCCAGAUCCUGCGUACCAGCUGCCGCUGCUUGGUGAGGCUUCCUGGGCCCCUGUCUCCAAUGCCAUGUCUCCCCAUUCGCAGUCCCCUCCUGCCUCCUGGGACCCCCUCAUGCAGCAGGCCCAGUCUGCCCCUUCCUCCACUCCCUUCCAGCAGCCCCCUGCCCAAGCCGUGCCGUUCAUCUCACAGCCUUUCGUGCCUCUGGAUUCCUUCCAUGCCCCGCCGGGGCACCAAGGGCACUUCCCACCCCCACCUCAUGCGCCAGCCCCCCAGGCCUUUCCGAACCAAGGGCACUUCCCACCCCCACCUCAUGCGCCAGCCCCCCAGGCCUUUCCAAACCCGUGGCCCCAGACCCCAUACCAUGCCCAGGACUUUCCCUGGGCCCAGGCCAGGUCAGGGCCAUUCUCACUCCACUCUCUCCCAUGGCAGGGCACUCCUGCAUCGCCCCUGGGCAUCAGAAUCGUCCUCCAGCCGGCUUCCGGGCCACGGAGCUUUCCUUCCGCAAUGGAAGCCUCUGCCACAGCCAUCCAAGCCAGAGAGCUUCCUGCCCCCGCCUGUCAAAGCACCCCACUUGCGUCCUCGCCCACCCUCCCUGGCAGGUCCUGAUCCUGACGGCGUUGAGGCACCGUCCUCUGCUGCUUCUCAGGCUCCGAAGCCCACGACCCAACCUGGGAGCCCCUCGUCAUCACCU